AUGUCAAUUAGAUCACAUGGAUUGGAAACUGGCCAAUCACAGCUGCCAUUUGGAUUCACCAGCGCGCUGGCCAAUCCACCCAGCCAAUCAGAAGCUCUGAAGUGCUGCAGUGAAAGAAUCACAGCCAUGUCAGCACACCAAACCCUCCAAGGCCUAGGUGAUGAAGAUGAAUCCAUUAUUUCUCCUGAAAGUGAUGAGGAAAUACUCUGA